CAAACAGCGACGAAUGGUUAAUGAUGAACUACCAGCACGCAUCUUACAGGGGGCAGUGCAGGUGAAACCAAACGAUACAAGCCAGGCUUCUCAUUCUUAAUCUCUGCAAAGGAGAUGGAUCAUGUGGGGGAAAUGAGUCUCUACAAGAAAGUCUUCCCUCUGGUCUUAGAGCGCCCCACACUGGCCGUCAUAGGGCUAAUCAGUGGCCCUGGAGCUAUGAUGCCUAUGAUGGAGAUGCAGGCACGAUGGGCCACUCGAGUCUUUGCAGGUUUAAACCAACUUCCUUCUGUACCAAUAAGGUUAAAGAUCUAUGAGAAAGACCAGAAGGCAAAUAUGAGAAGAUGCUUUUGCCCAAACGCUCCUCUCCAAGUGGACUUUAUCCUAUACAUGGAUUCAAUCGCACGGGAAAUCGGUGUGCGUCCCAACCUCUUGUGGCUGUUCCUGACUGAUCCUAGUUUGGGUGGGAGGGUUCUGUUCGGUCCCUGCACCCCGUAUCAGUUUCGGCUGUGUGGGCCGGGUCAGUGGGCUGGGGCUCGUCAGGCCAUCCUCUCCCAGUGGGAACGCGUAUACCAGCCACUCAAGACACGCCCCAUUCCUGAGGACAAAACAUCAGGAAUGCUCUUCUGGCUGGGUAUGGCAGGAGGGGUGGUCUUGAUUUUUGCUCUCUUUAUAUUGCAGGAGAGAGAUAAACCAUUUUUCAGUAUCUGAUUACACAUAAUCUGGCCUUCAUUGAAUUAACUGCUGCAAUGUUUUGUAUUUUAUUUAAAUGAUUUCUCCUAUUAGGCUAAUUAGGCAAAUAUAACCUCGGACAAACAACAUGUAACUUUUUUCACUGUGCUUUUAUUUAUUUAACAAAAAUGAAGCUAAAAAAGGAAACAUAUUUGUGCAAUACUAAGUACCACACUGAUUCAAUAC